AUGUUGAGAGAUAUUUUCUAUUCGUCGAUAUUGGCAACAUUUAAUAUCUACGACACUUUGUGCAAUUUACACCAUGCGUCUAGUGCUCCGCAUGCGCACUUUGGACCCGCCUUUUUAGCAUGGCACAGAGUCUUCUUGUACAUAUUCGAGCAACUACUUCGUUCGAAGGUACCAAAUGUGUCGGUGCCAUACUGGGAUUCAACACUAGAUUCUCUUUUGGAAAACCCCACGGCCUCGGCUUUGUUCACUGACGAAAUGAUGGGAUCCGGAAAUGGAGUUGUCACAACCGGCCACUUUGCAAACUGGUCCCAUCCGUUUGCAGGAGAUCUAGUUAGAAACAUUGGAAACGUAGGAGAACUGAUUCAAAAAAAGGACUUGUAUAGAAUAGUAAACGUGGCUCACACGAGAGAUUUCAUGUUUCCUCAUGCAUCUUCAUAUAAAAAUCUAGAAUUAAUUCAUGGAAAAGUUCAUAUGUGGGUAAGUGGUACAAUGGACAGCUUAAACUACUCCCCUGCAGAUCCAAUCUUUUGGAUGCACCAUUGUUUUAUUGAUUACAUUUGGGAGAAAAUUCGUCAAAGACAGAAGGAGCGGGGUAUCGAUCCACGGUUUGACUACCCAAACGGCGGUGGCUUUGGUCACCGAGCAGACGACAUGAUGAAACCUUUUCCAUUGAGAAAUAAAGAUGGUUUUCUGAUAGACUGGUCUAGAAUCUACGAGUACGAAGAAUCACCCGGGGACAUCAACUGUGAAUCUGACUUUGACUGUGGGUCUCUCUUUUAUGCCUGUGAUGGUGGACAAUGCAGAGCAAAAACGGUGGAUGAGAUGAUCUUCUCCCUUGUACGUAAAAAACGCAGACGACGACGGUCGGUAUCGGAGCCAUAUAGCACAGAUACAACGACCACAAACUCUUUAACAUUCUUUGAAACAACAUCCGAACAAAGCUUCAUUGUAAAUAACGUAGACCCUUCCAACUCUAUCGAUAUGCAGACGACUCCAAUGUUCCAUUCUAUGCAGAAUACAUUUAUGAUGAAUGGAAAAGAGGACUCGAAAGCUUGGGUAGACAUACCGAUUAUAAUUUACUCUCGAAGACCAUCCGAUUUAGUGUUUGAUGCUCAUCCUUUCCGGAGAGGUGAAGUGAAUCUCACGUCUGAUGUCUAUCAGACCACGGAAAGGGAGGAGAAAGCACUACCGCGCACCGGGCGACCCGCCACCAUAGAAAAAUGUCAGCAUAUGGGGUCCGGGGCAUCUAAAGUAAUUGUAAGAUCCAUCGGCGUCAAUUAUGAGGGAGACUAUACUACUGAUGCAAUUGUUGAUGAAAGACAAGCUCUGACAAUAACGUUGACACAAGUGGCCGUAAAAAAUCCUUAUCAAAAUUAUACAAAAGCUUAUGUCGCCGCCUACGAUCGCUGUGGACGCAUGUGUAAGCCAUUUUGUCUUACCGGAAGUAAUAGUACGUAUGAGAAGUGCUCAGGAAGUAUCGGUGUUGAUUCGCGCAUGCCCAGAAUGUAUAACUCGAAUGUUGCUGGCGCUAUUUUACAGACGUUUGACUACAGCACAUUUCCUCCAAAAUUGGCAGAAAACAAUAUUUUUCUUAUAUUUUAUUGCGGACAGGAAGAAGAUUGGCCAUGGUUUAUUAAAGAAAAAUAA